AAUUUUUGUGCACAUUUGAUUUAGUAUUUAUUAAAUAAUAAUUUUAGUGUUGAUAAGAAGAAUCAAGUAUAAAAAAAGUUAUGCCAGAAGAAAAGAAAAAAUUAAAUUUUCGUGGCAAGUGUGUAAUAUGUGGUGAUUCAACUGUUGGUAAAAGUGCUUUAACACAAGUUUACUGUAGUGAUGGCGCACAGUAUCCGAAAACAUAUUUAAUGACAACUGGUGUUGAUCUAGUCGUAAAAAGUGUCAAUAUACCCGAAACACCGCACACUGUUGAAAUGUUUCUGUACGAUACAGCUGGUAAAGAUGUUUUUCAAGAUAUUGUUGAUGCACAUUUACAAAACGUGGAAAUGGCGAUCUUUGUUUACGAUGUCACUAAUCAGGCGUCGUAUGAUAACAUUAGAAGUUGGCAUAAGAAAGUGGAAGCAGCUAAUUCUGGAAAGUUAUUUGGUGUUCUCGUAGCUAACAAAUGUGAUUUAACAGAUCGUCAGGUUGUGUCAAAUGAAAUGGGAGAAGAUCUUGCUUCGCAGUUGCAAAUGAAAAUUUUUCACACAUCUGCAAAAGAGAUGCAUGAUGUGGAAUCACCCUUCCAACAAGUGGUCGCUGAUUUCUUUACUGCAUGUGCUGACACGUCUUCUUUGUAACUAAUGUCAUGUCAAUACACUUCUUUCUGCUUUUUUUUAUUCUCAAGGGAUUCAUCUCUUUAAAAAUAUUGUAUAGACAUUUGUAAUUGCAAUACACUCUUGUGCGAUAAUUUUUGUAUUUCGAGGCCUACUUUUAAGAGUUCUAUUCCAUUUAAUUUCGUUUAGAUCUUUUGGAAUGCCAUUUUUUUCAGGCCUUAGAUUUUUUUCUU